UACGUCAUCACAUUGCACCCAUCUUCAGGAAGAAGGGAGUACUACCAUUAAAGAGGGUGGGAUGAUUUCUGGUGUAAUUUCUCAUGAUAAAAUAAGACCAUAUAGUUAAAAACAGAUUUAAAGCUCAAAUAAGAUAGUAAAACAAAGAAACAAGCGUAUUUGCGACAAUAUCGUGAAAGUAGCCGAAAGGAGUCACGGUGCGCGUCACAUACAGUGAGACCUUCGCAAAGCGUCCUGCUGCACAUCAGAAUGAAUGUAAACGGCAAGGAAAAGGAGCCUGCUUCCUUGAGGGAGGAGGGAAACAGCCACUUCAAGAAUGGUAAUAUGGAGGGAGCCCUGUGCUGCUACACUAAGGCACUGAAUUUAUGUGACAAUCAGUCAGAGAGUGCCAUCCUCUACCGCAACAGAGCUGCGUGCUACCUCAAACUGGAGGACUACACCAAAGCAGAGGCAGAUGCUUCCAAAGCACUAGACACAGAUGCGGGUGAUGUGAAGGCUCGGUUCCGGCGCGCUCAGGCCAUGCAGAAACUGGGCCGGCUGGACCAGGCAUUUUUAGACGUUCAGAAGUGCGCGCACAUGGAUCCCAAGAACAAGGCCUUCCAGGACAUGCUCCGACAACUCGGUGCCCAGAUACAGCAAAAGGCCACGCAGCUUUCAUCUACGGAUGCUCGCGUGCAACAAAUGUUCACGGUCCUCCUGGACACGUCUGCACAAGCCUCGGACAGGCAGAAGGCGGCUCAGAACCUGGUGGUGCUCUCCCGGGAGGAGGCCGGGGCCGAGCAGAUCUUCCGGAACGACGGGGUGAAGCUGCUCCAGAAGCUGCUGCAGGCCCAGCAGGAGGACGUCGUGCUCUCAGCUCUCAGGACUCUGGUUGGCCUCUGCACUGGGCACCAGUCCAGGACCAUGGUGAUUGUGAACGAGCUGGGGAUGGAGGGGCUGUGUGUGGUGAUGGGCUCUGGGGGCGAGGCGGUCUCCCUGGCCGCCCACCACCUCCUGCAGGUGAUGUUCGAGGCUCUGACUGAGGGCAUGAGGCGGGAGGUCCGGGGCAAAGAUGAAGCUAUUCUUCCAGAGCCGUCUCGUGAACUCCGCUCGAUGCUGCGGCACCUUGUGGAGAUGCUGCCCAUGUCAAAGGUCUCAGGGCCCGGCCGGGACAGUGCCAUUAACCUGCUGGUCAAACAGGUCCCCCGCAAGUCUCAGAAAGACCCGGACAACUCCCUCACUCUGUGGGUGAUAGAUCAAGGACUGAAGAAGAUCCUGGAGGUUGGAGGUACUGUUCCCGAGCUCUCCGAUGGACCUCCCCUCACUGAUAACACCCAUAUGAGCUGCUCCGUGCUGCUGAGCAAACUCUAUGAUGACCUGAAGAGUGAUGGAGAGAGAGAGAACUUUAACCGUCUCUGUGAGGAAUAUGUCCAGCGUCACUUCGACUCCUCUGGGAUGGAGAGUAAGCUGCGGGCCAUACAGACCGUGUCAGUGCUGCUGCAGGGGCCCAGUGAUGUCGGCAACCGCGCCCUGGAGAUGUCAGGUGUCAUGGACACCGUGAUCUCCCUGUGUGCCUCACAGGACCUCACACACCAGCAGGUGGCAGUAGAGGCUCUCAUUCACGCGGCAGGCAAGGCCAAGAGGGCCUCGUUCAUCACUGCCAGUGGAGUGUCGCUGCUCAAAGACCUCUACAAGAAGAGCGAGAAUGACAGGAUCAGAGUGCGUGCUUUAGUGGGUUUGUGUAAGCUGGGCUCAGCAGGAGGGACUGACUUUAGCAUGAAGCAGUUUGCAGAAGGAUCAACGCUGAAAUUGGCCAAGCAGUGCAGGAAGUGGCUGUGUAACGAGUCUCUGCCCCAGAACUCUCGGCGCUGGGCCGUGGAGGGCCUGGCGUAUCUCACCUUUGACGCAGACGUGAAGGAGGAGCUGGCCGAAGACAGCCACGCCUUGUCGGCCAUGUUCCAGUUAGCAAAGUCCGAGGAUAAGACGGUGCUGUUUGCUGUGGGCUCCACGCUGGUCAACUGCACCAACAGCUACGACGUGGACAAGCCCGACCCCCAGAUGGUAGAGCUGGCCAAGUACGCCAAGCAGCACGUGCCUGAGGAGCACCCCAAGGACGCCCCGGCCUUCGUGCAGCAGCGGCUGGCCAAGCUGCUGGAGGCCGGGGUGGUGUCAGCGCUGGUGUGCAUGGUGAAGCAGGAGAGCCCGGCGCUCACAGACUCCUGCCGCGAGUGCAUGUCCAGGGUGUUCUUGGCAGUGGUGGACAGACAGGAGGACAGGGGCACAGUGGUGGCACAGGGUGGUGGGAAAGCUCUAAUCCCUCUGGCAUCGGAGGGGACGGACGUGGGGAAGAUCAAAGCGGCACAGGCCCUGGCCAAAAUCACCAUUACGUCCAACCCAGAGAUAGCCUUCCCGGGAGAGCGGGUGUACGAGGUGGUGCGGCCCCUGACCCGUCUGCUGGCCCUGGACUGCACACUGCUGCAGAACUUCGAGGCCCUCAUGGCGCUUACCAACCUGGCGGGCAUCAGUGAGAGGCUCAGGCAGAAGAUCAUAAAGGAGAAGGCUGUGCCUAAAGUGGAGGGCUACAUGUUCGAGGAGCAUGACCUCGUCCGCGCUGCCGCUACUGAGUGCAUGUGCAACUUGGUCCUGAGCACCGAGGUCCAGGAGCUCUUUGUGGCCACGGGGAACGACCGGCUGAAGCUGCUGGUGCUGUACAGCGGGGAGGAUGACGAGCGGCUGAGGAAGGCUGCGGCAGGAACGCUCGCUAUGCUGACGUCUGAGCAGCCACAGCUGUGUGCUCGCAUCCCUGGAACUACCAGCCAUUGGCUGGAGAUCCUGCAGGCUCUGCUCCUGAGCGAGAGCCGGGACCUGCAGCACCGCGGGGCGGCCGUGGCGCUCAACCUGAUGAAGGCCGAGCGCAGCCUGGCCCAGGAGCUGAUGGAGAGCGAGGCGCUGGAGAUCCUCUCCGUGCUGGCCAAAGGGGGCGCCCCUGAGCAGGGCCCCGUCGCACAGGUGGCCCAACGCUGCCUGGACACGGCCCUGCAGUACGGCCUCAUCAAAAGCAACCGCGGCGACGGGGCGGAGGGCACGGAGCCCUGAGAGCCUGCCGUGCGGACGCACACUCCAGAAGUACUCCAGAAGUACUCCAGAAGUACUCCAGUCUUAGGAAACAGCCAUGUGUCCCUCGACUUCUAUGAAGUAUCACAGCACAGCGCCCCAGCUGUUCUCACCAGUGGCUUAUGCACGGACGCACACCUGUCCAUCAGCUCAACUGAGACCAAAUCCAUUAUUACUUCCACUGCAUCUUUAUUGAUGUCUUUGUGUUUUAUUACUUUUGCAUUCCAAAUUUGAUUCUGUUGUUGCAACAUUACAGUGGUCUGCAGGCUUCACUCAGUGUCCAUUCAUUCACUGUGCCUUUAACACCUGUAACUGUUUGGUGUCACUACAUGUCAUGUUAAUUAAAAGAAAAAUUACAUUGCACUUUGUACAAAAAUAAAGCAACAUUGGUUUCCAAUAGCAA